AAAUAAAAAUCUUACCUGAGAGUGUUUGUGAAUUGGCAACGACUUCGAAUGGGGAGUUGCGAAUAAAGCGAAGAUAGGAAAAGUGCUGCAAAGGAUGUGGUGUGUGUUCAUUUAAUCGUGGAAUCGGUGGUGAUAGAAAUCGUCGAAUGCUAUCUGUGUUGCAAUGAAGGAGGACCCGGAGAACGAUAAAGACAAAGACGCGAGGAUUUGGGGAGCUUUACUCUUCGGCUUAAUUGGCGCCACCUUCACUACCUUUGCGGUCGGUCCGCUGCGGAGGAGUGUUGAUUGGUGCUAUGUUCAGCUAACGAGGACACAGUCACAUAAAGGACACAGAAGUGGGUCGUUCCGAACAUCAUUUCAAGAAGAGGCUUGGAGGAGGCACAAUAAGCGACUGCAAGAGGAGUACGAGGAGGAGAUGGAAAGAGUGGAGCGAAUAAGGCGUAUGCAAAGUGUGUUUAACAGAGAAAGGAACAAGUAUAAAAGAAGCUACGAGAGCUGGAGGGAAAACGGUCAUGGUGCAUAUCAUCAGCAUUACCAGAGAGAUGAUUGGUACUGGAAGACUGAUACAUCCUUUAGAGAUCGGAGGACCAAUUAUCGAGAAACUCCAAGAGAGACCGGAAACUAUGCAUUAUCACAUCACUACUCAAUUUUGGGUCUUGACAGGUUUAGAAAAACACCGUAUUCAGAUGCUGAGAUUAAGACAGCAUUUAGAACUAAGGCAAAGGAGUAUCAUCCUGAUCAAAACCAGGAUAAUAUUCAGGCUGCUGAGGCGAAGUUCAAGGAAGUGUUGACUUCAUACGAGGCCAUAAAAAACGAAAGAAGAAACUAGAUCUGUUCAACUAUCCUGGGACCCGAAAGGAUGCGAGGUAUUCGAAAAGGAUUACUAAAGUUCCUCAUUACUUCAUUGAUAUAUCAUCCGGCUAAAAUAUAGUUGCUACGUGAUUAAAUUUUCUGCAAUGACUAGAGAAUUAGAUAAUGGUGUUUUUAUUUAUUUUUUUCAAAAUCAAAUAUAAGGUUAUGUAUUGAAUAUUUAGCAUUCCAACCACAUAUAGUGCCCCUGUAAUGUGGUCUCAUUAGAUUCGAGGGGGUUCUGCUAGGCCAUUAAUUCACUUCAUGUACGCAAUUGGAGACCUUCAAAGUAACCAAACUGUAAGUGCAUUAUUAUUACUACUAUGCAUAGCACACGUUCCAUGCAGUAUCCCUGUCAAUCACUGAUGCUGCAUUUAAUGUUUAGUCACAUCACUAACACUUGGUUUGACGACCCAUUCAUCAUCCUAUUUUAACAAGGCCAAGUUUUACCGUUUUGGAAUCUUGAUUUUAAGUGCUGACUUUGUAGUUUUUUGUAAACUAAUUAUUUAUUAGGCUGAUUACCUCGUAGCAACUUAAAAAGUGGUUUGCUAGUUAAAAAACUGAUCCCUGUUAGCUUCGUGAUUAGAGAUUACAUUUGGUAAUUGCAGAAAAAUAUCUUAGAAUUUUAGCUCCGCAUUAUGUGCAUUGUACUGAUGAUAUUCAAUUAUGUUUUCCUCCUUUUAACAAAUAGAGUGUAACGCUUGUUUAACAGUCUGUCUUGUACAAAGUAUUGAAUCAGUGGUAGCGUGACUUGAUUGAGUAGCAAUGUCCUCGCCAAGCCUUGAUUGAGCGGCAAUGUUUUUGCCAAGUGCCGAACCCAGGGACCCUCGAUCCAAAUGCUUUUGAAGUUUAAAUAUUGUCCCAUGAAGUGUUGGGCAUACUAUUUCCUCCAUUAUUUAAAAUGUUUGAUAGCGUCCCUUUAUAUACUUGACACGUGUUGAAAUCUUAUUUUGGUCAUCACUAUUAUAUAUAUAUAUAUAUAUAUAUAUAUACUUCAAAAUCUGCAUCAAUUAUGUACCAGAUGAGCUAAAUUUGAGGUGAUUUGCAAAGUGAAUUAGCUAAACAGUGGUUUCUUAUUCAGUACCUACUUUUUCUUUAGCUUACAUUUUGUCAGGUUGGUCCUUGGGUUUAACAGUAUGUUGAUCAUGCAUGUCAGAACUGCAAUUGUUACGCUGCUGCAGUUUCAGCUUUUGCAACUUCAGCGAAAUUAUGUGUGAAGUUUUAAAUUAUAUUGAGGCGCUUUAAAAUAUAAGUUGUAACUAGUUAACAAAUAUUAAAAAGAUCACCUAUUAAUUCUAAAUCGAUUUUAUAGAGAACUCACGUUAAAUCUGGAUUGCUUUCAAAUGUCCCAAUUGAAUA